GCUUAAAUCUCCGUUUAAGCUUAACUGUACGUACAUCAGCAAUUGCGUAGACACCUGGCUUCAUAUCUCUAGUCAGGGUUUUCUUUCCUUGGCACUUUCUUGGCAAGGUUACGAAGAGAUAACUCAUUUAUUUAUAGCCACAUGCGUCUACCCAGCAUUAUUUAUAGCCACAUGCGUCUACCCAGCAUUAUAUCUACCACAGUUAGCAUGGUUUUCUUUCCUUGGCACUUUCUUGGCACUUUCUCCCCAGACCCACCAAUAUAAAUAGCCACAUGUACGCGGACGAAUAGCCUUCCUUAACCUUUUUCAGUGCAGAAAUCCGCUUUGGACGAAGUUAUUUAGCUGGUUUAGCGCUGAGAUGGCAUCGGAACUCUCCAACACCGCCGCAAGAAAUAGGGAAAAUGAAGACAGUAAUGAUGUUAUCAUAGAUGCACCAGAAUCUUAUGUUUGCCCACUCAAUUCUCAUAGUCGUUCAGCCACGACUGUAUAGCCUUGCUGAAAUACUAGAAGAAUGCUCCCCAAAGGAUCAGAUCGACGCCAUCCAAUUGAGGAAAUUAAGCAGCGGAGAAUAUUCUCAAGCUCGGCAUUCGACCGGGGAGACUACAGAUUUACACACAAUUAAGUCCUCUCAGCUCAACACGCCGAUUCGCAGUUACCAAGGACAGAAAUUUUUGGCUCAAGAUGUAUUUCUGAGUCACAGUGGUAAGCAGAAAAAUUUUAUUAGGCAGCUGUACAGAGACCUCACAAACCAGGGCGUGUCCUGCUUUUUUGAUCAAGAUCGUGAAAGUUUGCCAGUGGGCGAAGAUUUCCCUUCUCGUAUAUUUGCAGCCGCUAAGACAUGCAAAGUUGCAGUUUUACUUCUCUCUAUGGAUUUCCUCCAAUCAAAGUGGCCAAUGCAGGAAUUGGCUGCUUUCGUGAAUGCGAAAAAAAAGAAAAAUCCUGAUCUCAAAAUUUUACCCCUGUUCUUCCUGAUUUCACCGUUUGCUCUUAAAAACAUUACGGCAGACGAGGAAAAGUGGAAACAGUUGGAGAAAUCCGAGGAAAAGCGAGCCGAAUGGCACCAGGCUUUGAGUGCAAUACGGCAAAUUAACGGGUUGAAGUUCAGUGAAGGUGAUGAUGAAGUGAAGUUUAGAGAUGAAAUUGUGGAAGAAAUCUGGCAUUUACUUACAAAACCCUCACCAAGGUAUCAUUUCCCUUGUAUGCAAGGACAAACACGAAUGUGCCAGGAGGUUGCAGAUUUCUUCGACACUGUUCAUUCCGACACAAGGGGAAUCCGUAUUGCAGGAUUGUAUGGAAUACCGGGCCAGGGGAAAACUACGCUUGGUAAGGCUUUCUGCAACUUCAAACUGGGGGAUUUUGAAGGCAAAGUAUGCCAUCUAGAAUUUUCUAGAGGCGAUUCAUUCAAAAGAAUUAAAGUUGCCUUGCAGUGUCUCACUUGCUGCCCUCAGUCGUAUUUCCAAGAACUGAGAGACCAAGAUCAGGCACAAGUUGGGUUAUAUAGAAGAAUGGAGGGCAAAAGGGUAUUGUUGGUUCUCGACAAUAUCACAGAAGAAAGUAUAGACGAAGUGACGUAUUAUUGUAAGGCAGAGUUUGGAGAAAACAGCUGCAUCCUUUUGAGCGCUCGGAGUGUAGAUGUUCUCGAAAAGCAUUUCAAAAUAGAUAAGCGGUCGUGCAUGCGCGUCCCAUCGCUCAAAGAGGAAGAGGCCAUAGCCAUCUUCUUGGAAAGGACAUCUGUAGAAGAGUCAACGUUGGGGGCAGAGGACAAAGCUUAUGCUGUUAAGUGCGCAAAAAGAUGUUCGUUCAAAGAGGUCGGUGGGAGAGGUCGAACAUUUCAUCCAUUAGCAUUAAAAGCAUUUGGGGGCCACCUCUUCAGUAAAUACGGUCGGCAUUUGUCAAAGUGGGCUGCCGAGAUAGAAAGCUGGGUAGACCGAUGCGGUUAUGGUUUGGAUGACGUGUUAGCCGUGCUGGGCAGAGCUUUUGACAACAUGCCUCCCGAGUAUUGCACCAUAUUCAUGCUUCUCACCCUAUAUAUGCCGCCUAAUAUGUCUCCCCACAAAGUUACUGAGUGGCUGGCAAUGAUCUGCAACAAAGAGAUUUCAUUUACUGAGAAAGCGAUUGAGGAUCUAUGUAAGGCGGCAUUUAUUGAAGAAUAUGGACCUGAAAUUCGCUUACACGACCUAUAUAUUGAAUUCGCACAAAGCAAAGCAAAUGAAAUGGGGAGAUGGCUGUGGUGGAAGGGCGACCCAUGUAGUACACGUGGAUUAAUAUCACAACACAGUGCUGGGUUUGAAUUGGCUAAGCUGGAGCAGUGCAUGUAUCGAAGACCGCUCCAGAUCCCCCCAGACGACCGUCAAAAUCUAUUGGUGCUUCAGCUUGUAGAUGUGGAGAACAUGAGAAUGGAGAAACUUGACAUGGGUGGGAUGGGCCGUCUCAGAAGCAUUACAUUACACAAUUGUAAAGGCCUGACAGAGCUUGAAGGUAUAGAAAAAUUGCAACAGCUGGCGUGGCUUCAGAUAAGCGAAGUAAAUCCAAUGUUUAAACUUCCCGAGCUAAGCAGCCUCGAAGGUUUACAACAUCUUGAGAUCAAUAUUGCAACCAGCAAGAUGCUCAAUCAGCUGGGAGAUCUUACCGGUUGUGUUUCUUUGAGAGAGAUUAAUGUUCGCUGUCCAUCCCUCUUGGAGUUCCCAAGGUUAAAUGGUUUGCCGCAUUUGGAGAAAGUGGAAUUUAGUAUGUGUGAUAAAGUGAAGGGGCCUCUUGACUGUAGAGAAUGCGUGGAACUGCAAAGUAUUGCCCUCAACAGUUGCAGCCAGAUGACUGCAUCACCGCUUCUCGUUGGAUGUAAGAAACUAUCCAAAAUUGUAUUGUGGGAAUGUGAUGCAGUGAAGGCAUGUCCACAUAUAGAUGUGCCGAGUGAUUUAAAGACACUAGAGUUGUCCGUUUCAUCAAAAGCUGCAUCAGCACCCAAAUGUUUAGAGUCUUCUUAUGGACUGAAAAAUCUUCAACUAUGCAAUAUGUGGAAUCUAAAGGAGCUUCCAAGUUUCAGACUUCUUAAAUAUUUGACUGUGCUCAAACUUGACAAGUGUGGCAUAAGGGAGCCACCAGAUCUAACAUGUUGCGUCUUGUUGGAGGAUGUUUGUUUUUUCACACUACCAAAUUUACAAAGCUUUCCCAACUUUUCACUACUAAGGAAGUUAAAGAAGUUAAGUUUAUAUGAUUGCUGGAGAGUUCAAGAUCCCCCUCAUAUAAGUGGCUGCCAUGAACUACAGCUAUUCCAUCUGGCCUUUAACGACAAUAUGGAAGGACUUCCAAACAUGGGCGAGUCCCCACAACUAGAGGACAUCAAACUGAGUUGGCAUUCUGAGGAUGAGGGUAUUUAUGCGGGAAAUGAUUUGGAUUAUAACACUCGUUAUGAGGAUCUUGAAUCUUGUCUGGAGCACUUUAAAAAUGAAAGCUUCCCAGAUUUGAGUGAGGUAAGCGCGCCAGAAGCAUUGAAAGAGUGGCAGUGGCUGAAGGACAAGCCAAUGCUAGUGAAACGAUAUGCCCGUCGAGGGAAAGUGUAUUGCUCUCUUACAGCUCCGUACGGAUGGCACAGGCGCAAACAGACAACAACUCUAAAAAGGGUAGAAGUUGAGCACAGCCAGCAAGCAAUUGUUAAAAGAGCACAAUUUAAACGCAAACAAUCUCGUCGUAUGGCUUGGUUCGUUGCAUUAUCUUUCUCUGCAGCGCUCCUUCUUCGUUGGUUGAUUACUCUCGCUAUAUUCCAUUUUUAAGUGAAGGGUGGAUGGAGAAAGUACAUAUUCGAUCAAAGAUAGAAAUUAAACACACACAAAUUGUAUUGUACUGCUGCACAAAACAUAGACUUAUUGCUUGCCUUAGACGCAUUACAUCUGCCUCUAUUUAUAGAGGGAUGGAUUUUGAAGAAUGUAGAAGUUUUUGGGUUCAUCAAUCGAUUAAUGACUUUUUAGAUU